AUGGCCCCAAAAAGAGGAGCAGAAGAAGAAAUUCGGGCUCGUGCCGAUGUCGUUCGGGCGCGACUUACGAUCCCGGACCGCCACGCGGAGCCCCGACUCCAAGACCGAGCGAACCAAGUCCGCGGCCGCCUCGCGAUUCCGGGUCAUCACGCCGAGAAGGUCAUCAUGCAUCGGGCCACCAAGAUUCGCAAGAACAUGAAUCUUCCUCGCACGGUAGCACACUCGGAUUUGGAUCAUUCGGAUUCGGAUGGAAGACCUCAGUCGUCUAGUAAUCCCAGUGCUGCGGCAGUUCCAUCCGAAGAUUCCAUUUCCAGCAGCCCUCCUUGGCUGAAUAUGGAUGGUGCGCCUACGUCACAGGUGCGCCAGGAGCUGUCUUCUCCGACGGUGUCGCUAUUCAGUCCGUCUGGCCGACCGACGGAGAAUCCCAUGGUUUCCGCUUUCUCAUCUGGAGGCCAUCCUCAUAUUCGAGCUUAUCUUUACACCGAUAGAAACAACCGAGCGAGUGUCGUCCGAUCCCGAAGCCCGCAGCCUAGUGACCUCCCAUCAACACCAUGCUCUCACUCUGCCUUCCGCAAACGCAGGUUUUGUUCCUCCGGGACGGUUUCGAACACGAUCUCGACCGGCACCAUUGGCCAUUCUCCUCAUCGAUACGAGUCGGGUGCGAUCAUGAGCAGCAGCCCCAUUCGCGAGGUUCCUGUUCUUGAUCCCUUCAACCCCAGUAACAAUACGGGGCAGCCAUACCUGCAGAUCCAACCAUGGAAGAGCCAGCCCAAUGAUUACAACUCCUACUGUGCCGCUCAAUUGGCGGAAGCACGUUGCUUCGCUAAGAUCGGUCACCGCGGACCAUUUCGGAUCGGCCGGUAUCUCUGCCUGGUGGACACGGACACUGGUGAGCCCAAGAGAAUCGCUCUGAUGAGACCCGAUGGUGAGGGAGGCUUCUGUUAUGUUGACACUAGGACGAGACAACAUGUCCCCGAGGUCACGCCACUUGACAGUGGAAUACCAAUCUGGGGAGACAAGGGCGAGUUCCAUGGCUUCAAAGAGGGCCGCACCGCUGCGUGCGUGUUUGGCACCGGAUAG